CGACCACAGAGAGACAAACUUGACUCGCACAAGCUCCCACAAAUGAUGUGAUGCAAUCCCUGGGCGCGUCCCCAAUUUCUUGGGUUUUGAAACGCUUGGGUCGCGAGGCGUCCAUUUCGCCCGCGACGGGAAAUUAAAUCUGGAGAUUUUUGGCGGCCUGGCGAUCUUGGGAGGCGGGCGGCGCUACUCAGGAGUAGCCGACGCCGUCGGUUUGGACGCGGCGAGCCUAAACAUCAACAACUUAACCCGCAACUUGAAGGCCCAAGUGCUCUUGUGUCAAACAUGAAUAUUGAUGAGUUUAUUUCAUUCAGUUCAUCUCGACAUGACUGGGAUGUAGCGGCACGGCGAACAUCGAUACCAUGACUGAAUUAACAGCGAGUCCUCUGUGUGUGGCUUGCCAGUCGAUUUUCCAGCCGAACACGCCCAGGACCGAGUCAGGGGAAAUUCUUCAUCAUGGUCUCGAAGCCCUGGCUGUGCGCGCGGGCAAAUGCCACCUGUGCCUUACAGUUUUCAUGUCUAUCGAUCCGGACGCGUACAAGACUUUCCGCCGAGGAUCAACGUUGGAUUCGGUGGGAUUUGCAUGGAUUUCGCCCAUCGCACGCGAUCAGGCGCGGCUGAAGUUUCGAUAUCUGAAACCUGUGACCCCGGACAGAGCCACUCCGACCACGACUAGCAGCAAGGGAAGCCUCGGUGGGCUGGAUGUCGAGAGUGAUCUCGUGGUGGAAUUGAUUUUGAUGCAUCCCAAGUAUGCUGUUGAGCCCGGGGUGAGAACGAUUGAUCCUCGAUCAGUCAGCACAGCGUCGAAGGAAAGUUUUGAUCUGGCGAAACAGUGGAUCCAGGAUUGUACGUUUAACCACAUGAAAUGUUCUGUUGCGGACACCGGUUCGUCGUGGAAGCCGACGCAUUUACUGGACGUCACGGUCCGGGGUCCCAAGGGGGCGCCUGGAGUCAAACUGGUGGAUGGCAUGUUCGUCGACCCCUGGAGCGACUAUGUGACUCUCAGCCACUGCUGGGGGAGGUGUAAGACAGUGCAACUUCACAAAGGCACUCUGGCGGCAUUACGGCAGGGAGUGGCAGUGGCAAGUCUACCAAAGACGUAUGCAGAGGCCGCGGUGGUGGCGGAGCGAUUGGGGUUCCGAUAUCUAUGGAUUGAUGCCCUGUGCAUCAUGCACGACAACGAGCAAGCGGUGCUCAAGGAGAUAGGGCAAAUGCACCGCGUCUACUUUGAAGCAGUCCUCAAUAUCUCGGCCACGUCGUCGAAAGAGGAUACUGGCGGUCUGAUCUAUGCUCGGAACGUGGCCGCGUUGCAGCCCUGUGUCGUGGAAGCCAAUGGGCUAGGGAUUGACGACGGCAUGUAUAAGAUUUUACGGUCCACGCUGUGGCACGAUUUGAUCGAUUCUUCGCCGCUCGACAAACGAGCCUGGGCUUUCCAGGAGCGCUGUCUGGCCAAACGCACGCUGCAUUUCACGCGCAACGAGCUCGUCUGGGAAUGCCAACAGAUGUGUUGCUCCGAGGUGUUCCCCAAGGGACUGCCUGCGACCAUGAGGCCGCCUUCGAACCGGGAGUCGGUCGAGUUUUUCAGCAAACGCAUCCACCACCAACGGCACGGCAAUUGGCACCAGCUGGUCAAGAUGUACAGCACCAAGCGACUGACUUUCAGUUCGGACAAGCUGCUUGCCAUGGUCGGGCUGGUGAAGCAGUAUAUGGCGCGGAACCGGUUACGAGACCAGGACUAUAUGGUCGGGUUGUGGAAACCUCAACUGCCGCACGCGUUGUUAUGGCGCGUCGAACAGGGCCGUCGCCCGACAAAGUACAGGGCCCCGACGUGGACGUGGACCUCGAUCGACGGAGAAGUCACAUACCCGGACCCUUCGCAAUGUACGCGCGAAACGUGCAUCGAGGUCAUCGACCUGGAUAUGAAGUACAAGCCGGACAACGACAACUUUGGCAUGGUCGAGGCCGGCAGAAUGAAGGUGAAGGGAUUCAUGGCCCGGGGUCUUUUGCCUCGCACCCACGACUACUGGGGCCACACGCCGUGCGUUAUUAAAUGUACAAAGGCCCAUGUCGCGUUGGACUCGGUCUCGUUCGAUGAUCGUUUGUCUAAGCUCUCCGAUGCCUCGGGCAUGUUGACCGAGAUGUUGGAGGUGUAUUUGCUGCCGGUGACGGAUGUCAUGGACCAUGUCGAAGGCUUGCUUCUCUGCGCGACUAUGAAAAGGGGCGAGUUCCGCCGGAUCGGUGCCUUUUAUAUUUCAAGAGACGACCAGGCCAAUUGGGACCGGUUCCGCAGCGUGAUGAAGGGCGAUGCCGAUAUGCAUAAUUACGAAGACCGACUGGAUCAUCCGAAUGGCUACUGGUUUGCCAGUGACUACACCUAUACCAUCAACAUUGUUUGAAAUAAAAUGCGCGUCUUGUCUGUUGGACAAGGCACGGUGAUGAUCGCCUUAUUUCGGUUGAUUCGGCUUUUCGGGAGUCUCUGUACAGAAUGGACGUCCUCACAGAAAGGCGGCCCACUACAGGUUUUUGCAACAUGAUGGUUGAUAAUGCAUAACGAUGAAAUAUCUAUUUAGGUACAUGACCCUAACAUUAACGGCGAUGAUGGUGAUACAUACAUACCUACGUUGCAGAGCGUUUUCUAUGUAUCACCGAUUCUUGCACGACCCACGGAGACCCUGUAUGUCCCUGUGGUAGUCCUUUUGUCAGAUGCUCAAUAUUUAAAAUUGUUGCUGCUCC